UACGGCGUGUAAAAACAGCUGAUCCCGUUUUGUAGCAAAGCGAAACUUUCUUAAAUUUCCACAAAUAUUGGAUAUUUAACGUGAAAUAGGACUACCUGGCGGCAUGGACGAGCUGCAGAAGUUGGAGUACCUGUCGCUGGUCUCGAAGAUCUGCACCGAGCUGGACAACCAUUUGGGCAUCAACGACAAGGACCUCGCCGAGUUCAUCAUCGAUUUGGAGAACAAAAAUCGCACAUACGACUCGUUUCGCAAGGCUCUGCUGGAGAAUGGCGCCGAAUUCCCGGACUCCCUGGUCCAGAAUCUGCAGCGCAUCAUCAAUCUGAUGCGCCCCAGUCGUCCUGGUGGCGCCAGUGAAGAGAAGAUUGGCAGUGGCGACAAGAAGGAGGACAAGAAAUCACAGCUGAUGAAAUUGUUUCCCGGCCUGGCUUUGCCCAAUGACAAGUACAGCAAAAAGGAGGGCAGCGAUGACGAGGAGGAGGCUAAACCAGAGAAGGAGCGGAAACCGGAGAAGUUGCUUUCCGAAUCACACAAGAAAUCCGACAUGAGCGAUGUGGAUGCAGCCAUGUUGGAGUUGGAGGCUCUGGCACCAGGUGAGGGCAGAACAGAGGUGAAACAGCCCAAAGAAGCCAGCUCCAGGGAUCGCCAAAAGCGCAGGAGCAGAGAUCGGGACACAAGGAGACGCAGUAGAUCGCGGGAGGAUAGACCCUCAGAGCGGCGGAGGAGCAGAUCGCGGGACAAAGAACGCCGUCGGCGGAGCAGAUCCAGAGAAAAUCGCCGCAGAAGCAGGUCUCGCGAGGAUCGCGAUCGUGAUCGGGACAGGCGUCGGAGGAGAUCCAGCUCAAGAGACCGCCACGAACGCCGACGACGCAGUCGCUCACGUUCCACAGAACGGAGGGAUAGAAGAGAACGUUCCAGGGAUCGCAGCGAGAAGAUGCCACCGCCCUCCGCCGCCAUGACCGAUGAUCCCGAGGCGGGCAAGAUCUACUCCGGUAAGGUGGCCAAUAUUGUGCCUUUUGGCUGCUUCGUGCAACUGUUUGGACUGCGCAAACGGUGGGAAGGAUUGGUGCACAUCUCACAGCUGAGGGCAGAAGGACGGGUCACAGAUGUCACCGAGGUGGUCAGUCGCAAUCAGACAGUUAAAGUUAAGGUGAUGUCCAUAACGGGCCAGAAGGUUGCGCUGUCCAUGAAGGAGGCGGAUCAGGAGUCUGGACGGGAUCUCAAUCCGCUGUCACACGCGCCUGAAGACGACGAGUCUCUAAGAGAUCGAAAUCCAGAUGGACCUUUCAGCAGCAGCACUUCCAUGUUGAACCUGCAAGGCAAUGGCUUGGAUGGCGAUGAGCACGAGUCUAGGAAGCGUGUGACCAGGAUUUCCAGCCCCGAACGCUGGGAAAUCAAGCAGAUGAUCAGCUCUGGUGUGCUGGACAGGAGUGAGAUGCCCGAUUUCGACGAGGAAACGGGAUUGCUGCCGAAGGAUGAAGACGACGAGGCCGACAUUGAAAUUGAGAUUGUCGAGGAGGAGCCGCCCUUCCUCUCCGGACACGGUAGAGCCUUACAUGACCUCUCGCCUGUGAGGAUCGUAAAGAAUCCCGAUGGCUCCCUUGCCCAAGCUGCCAUGAUGCAAUCGGCUUUGUCCAAGGAACGUCGCGAGCAGAAGAUGCUUCAACGCGAGCAGGAAAUGGAGGCUCUGCCCACGAGCCUCAACAAAAACUGGAUAGAUCCACUGCCUGAGGAUGAGAGCCGCAACCUGGCGGCAAAUAUGCGGGGAAUGGGUGCCGCUCCUGCUGAAGUUCCAGAAUGGAAGAAGCAUGUUAUUGGCGGUAAGAAGUCGUCCUUUGGCAAGAAGACUGAUUUGACGCUAGUGGAGCAGCGUCAGUCGUUGCCCAUAUACAAGCUGCGAGAUGAUCUAAUCAAGGCUGUGACGGACAACCAAAUACUGAUUGUUAUUGGAGAAACUGGCUCCGGAAAAACCACUCAGAUCACGCAGUACUUGAGCGAAUGUGGAUUCACUGCCAGAGGAAAGAUUGGCUGCACCCAGCCCAGAAGAGUGGCUGCCAUGUCUGUGGCCAAGCGAGUGGCGGAGGAGUAUGGUUGUCGGUUGGGCCAGGAGGUAGGCUACACCAUUCGAUUCGAGGAUUGCACCAGUCCGGAGACCAUUGUCAAGUACAUGACGGACGGUAUGUUGCUCCGUGAGUGCCUCAUGGAGGCCGAGUUAAAGAGUUAUUCGGUGAUUAUGUUGGACGAGGCUCACGAACGAACGAUCCAUACGGAUGUGCUCUUUGGUUUACUGAAGACAGCCGUGCAAAAGCGGCCGGAACUGAAGCUAAUUGUCACAUCUGCCACUUUGGAUGCGGUGAAGUUCUCGCAGUACUUCUUUAAGGCGCCCAUCUUCACAAUUCCUGGAAGAACCUUCCCUGUGGAAGUUCUGUACACAAAGGAACCAGAAACGGACUAUCUGGAUGCCUCGCUGAUCACAGUGAUGCAGAUCCAUCUGCGAGAACCCCCUGGUGACAUUCUGCUCUUCCUCACGGGUCAGGAGGAGAUCGACACAGCCUGCGAGAUCCUCUACGAGCGGAUGAAGAGUUUAGGACCGGAUGUCCCCGAGCUGAUUAUCCUGCCGGUGUAUUCCGCUUUGCCAUCCGAGAUGCAAACGCGUAUUUUUGAUCCUGCUCCCGCUGGAAGCCGAAAGGUUGUUAUAGCUACCAAUAUUGCUGAAACUUCCCUGACUAUCGAUGGCAUAUUCUAUGUGGUAGAUCCUGGAUUCGUAAAACAGAAGGUGUACAACUCGAAAACGGGCAUGGACUCUCUGGUGGUCACUCCAAUUUCACAGGCGGCUGCUAAACAGAGAGCGGGCAGAGCCGGGCGUACGGGUCCGGGCAAAACGUAUCGUCUCUAUACGGAACGUGCGUAUCGAGAUGAAAUGCUGCCCACUCCGGUGCCGGAAAUCCAACGUACCAAUCUGGCCACCACAGUACUGCAGCUGAAAACGAUGGGAAUCAACGAUCUGCUGCAUUUUGAUUUCAUGGACGCCCCGCCAGUGGAAUCCCUGGUGAUGGCAUUGGAACAACUGCAUUCCCUAUCAGCAUUGGACGACGAAGGCCUGCUCACUCGGUUGGGCAGACGCAUGGCGGAGUUCCCCCUCGAGCCGAAUCUCUCCAAGAUGCUCAUCAUGUCCGUAGCGCUGCAGUGCUCCGAUGAGAUUCUGACUAUUGUUUCCAUGCUCAGUGUGCAGAAUGUGUUUUACAGGCCAAAGGACAAGCAGGCCUUGGCGGAUCAAAAGAAGGCAAAAUUCAACCAGGCUGAAGGCGACCAUUUGACCCUGCUGGCCGUGUAUAACAGCUGGAAGAACAACAAAUUCUCGAAUGCCUGGUGCUACGAGAACUUCGUACAGAUCCGUACCCUGAAGCGCAGCCAGGAUGUGAGGAAGCAACUGCUGGGAAUCAUGGACAGGCACAAAUUGGAUGUGGUAUCCGCUGGCAAAAACUCUGUGCGAAUUCAGAAGGCCAUCUGCUCGGGAUUCUUCCGCAAUGCAGCCAAGAAGGAUCCGCAGGAGGGCUACCGUACCCUGGUCGACUCGCAAGUGGUGUACAUUCAUCCGUCGAGUGCUCUCUUCAACCGCCAGCCAGAGUGGGUCAUCUACCACGAGCUGGUGCAGACCACCAAGGAGUAUAUGCGUGAGGUGACCACCAUUGAUCCCAAGUGGCUCGUGGAGUUCGCUCCGUCCUUCUUCAGAUUCUCGGACCCUACGAAGUUGAGCAAGUUCAAGAAGAACCAGCGUCUGGAGCCGCUGUACAACAAGUACGAGGAGCCCAAUGCCUGGCGUAUCUCCCGCGUCCGCCGGCGUCGCAAUUAAUGGACUCAACACGGUUAUGUGUGUAAUUUUUUGUAUUUUAAGCGCUUAGAAAUAUAAUUUAAGUUUAAACUUCAA